AACACGCGUGUUGUUUAUAUUUUUGUUAUGAAUGGGAUAAUUGGAUUAGGUGUUCGGUGUCCCGUUUUCCUCUGCUUUCAAUCCAUUCGACGGCCAUCGUUCACGGUCGGUUAUGUCCGGAAGUCCUGAUGGUCGCAGUGGCCGUUCGUACAACUGCCGCGGCCAGUAGAGUUCGAGACGUUCGGUUGGAUAGUGUUCGAUGUACGUAGAAAAAAGUGUGCGGCGGGACGUGCGAAAAAUGAUUUCCAAUUAAUGCACCCUUGUGCGUUGCGUAACAAGUUUUGCGUAAAAUCCAACAUUGCACAUGAGCGUUGCAGUGGUUUGCUUUCGACUGCAUUGUGAUUCCUGUUUGGUGACCGAGCGGCUUAACUCAAAUCCGUCAGAUGAUCAACGAAGCGUGUGUGGUUGCAGUCGUUUCAAGUGCUGGAUAUUCCCGAAAGGGCCUCGCUCUAGAACUUGCUUUCGAUCGAUACCGAGGUAGCCAACGAAACAGUGCAAAAAGGGUAGACCGCCUCGAAGCGGAGCUUUAAUUGAAUAAUCGAGUUCGGGCUGGCCGGGCAUCUGCAGUGGAAGUUAUCGGAGGAGCGCAAAUAUGGACGCCAAAAGUGAGCCCGUGGAGGAAGAGAACGAGAAAAUCGCGUCUGAAGAACCAUUCGACCUUGACGAGCUACUACCGGCAAUAGGCGAAUUCGGACGGUACCAAAAACUAUUGCUCUGGCUGAUAUGUCUUCCGGCCUGCAUUCCGUGCGGGUUCUGUGCCUUCAAUCAGCUGUUUAUGACAGACGUUCCCGGUGACUAUUGGUGCCGUAUACCGGAGCUGCAGAAUUUCAGCGCAGAGGAGCGAAGGCAGUACGGCAUUCCAGUGGUUGAGCGCGAUGGUAUCGAGGAGUUCAGUAAAUGCAGCCGUUAUGCAGUGAAUUGGAACGAUCUUAUAAAUAGUACAGACAUGGAGUUGGUUAUUCCAAACAGUUCGUGGCCAGUGGAAAAUUGUCGCGAUGGCUGGGAAUACAACACCACCGAGGUGAAAUCAUCGAUUGUGAUUGAUUUCGAUUUGGUGUGCGAGUACGACAUCUAUCCCACGCUAGGACUAGUGGCACUGAACACGGGCGGCCCGGUUGGGGUGUACCUGUUCGGAAUGCUGAACGAUCGCGCCGGUCGUAGGACAUCGUACUUUUCAUGUCUGGCAACACUACUGCUGGGCAGUUUCAUUACGGCCGCUAGCACUGAUUUUGGCAUGUGGGCUUUCAGCCGUGUUAUCGUGGGCCUCACAAUCCCCGCCGUAUACCAAAUCCCGUUCAUUAUUGCGCUGGAACUGGUCGGGCCGAACUAUCGGUCGUUCGUUACCGUUAUGACGUGUACCUUCUACACCUUCGGGCUGAUGAUGCUGGCGGGGGUGACCUAUCUGAUCCGAGAUUGGGUUGAACUGACCCUGUACACUUCGGUGCCGUUUCUGUUGUAUUUUCUGUACUUGAUUAUAAUGCCCGAAUCGCCGAGGUGGCUUCUGAUGAAGGGUCGGCUGGAGGAGGCACUGAAAAUUCUCGAACAGAUGGCGAAGGUGAAUGGGAAGCAGUUUCCGGCUGCGUUUAAAAAUAAACUGCAACAGAGGAUGUUGGCGGAGAAAAGUAGAACCGUGAAGAGGGAGGAAGUAUCGAUCGGUGCGUUCGACCUAUGUCGAACGCCCAAUAUGAGACUGAAAACUAUUCUAAUCACGCUGAACUGGUUUGUGAACGAGACGGUUUAUCUAGGGUUAAGUUAUUACGGACCGUCGCUGGGGGAGAAUCAGUAUCUGAGCUUUUUCCUCUCGUCGUUGGUGGAAAUUCCUAGCUACGUGAUAUGCUGGAUCGCUAUGGACCGAUGGGGCAGGCGGUGGCCGAUGUGUAUGCUGAUGAUCUUGGGAGGGAUUAGUUGCGUAGCAACCGUUGUUCUGCCGGAGGACGCAGUCACGGAGACGUUGAUACUUUACCUGUUGUCGAAGGCAGCACUGUCAGCUUCAUUUCUCAUUAUUUAUCCCUUUGCUGGGGAGCUGUAUCCCACACAGGUGCGUGGAGUCGGAAUCGGAACCUCCAGUUAUAUUGGAGGACUAGGUCUGAUUGUGAUACCAUUUAUUACUUAUUUGGGAAAAGAAAACCUAAUUCUACCGCUAGUUAUUAUGGGUUGCAUAUCGGUGGCUGGUGGAUUCACGGGACUGCGUCUACCGGAAACUCUUCACCAUCGGCUGCCCCAGACGUUGGAAGACGGCGAACUGUUCGGUAAAGAUUGGACCAUCGACGAUUGCUUUCGAUGUGUUCCGGCAAGGAAGUCGCCGGCCACUUCGUACGAGAGUCUGGACCACCAGCCACCCGACAGCGGGUUGGAGCUCAACGCCGGAAUACCGAUCACGAUUAGUUUGCACGAACCGGAUGCUUCCAACGAAAAAACUCCUCUGGAAGUUUCACGCAUGCGACGGCAGACUAUGAAACGGAUUGCCCGUCAGGCCAGCACUAUGGAUACACAGAAAACGGCAGACGGGGCGAUGCAGUUGACCUAUUGGUUCUAACAGAAGGUUUUUCUUCACCAAAAGAAAGGUUCUAAAACACAGUUUAACAGUAAAGAAAUACGUAUAUGUAUAUUUCGGUUUCUCUGAUUUCCAUAUGCUCAUAAUGUGCUUUGACAACAUUUAUGUUUUUUAAAAUUAAAGGUUCUUCAUGUACUUUAAUAUAUCUUAUUUGAGAAUUUUCACGAUUGUAAUUUGUCAUGUUCCUUAAAUUCACGCUUGGGAUGCUUUAAGUACUAACGAGUUGUAACGUAUUCUAAUUUGUCUAGAGUUCUUGUUGGGGGGAAGGAUCUCUAGCGUCUGCGCAUUCAAUGUUUUACCUAUCUAUCGAACACGGAUUUUUUGGAUGAUAAACUAUACAAAAAAAUAAAACUUAUCAAUUACAUCAUAUGUAACAUAGUUUGUUCGUAUUCAUUGAAGCGAUCUCCGCUCGGGAUCUAACCGCUAUCGCGACUCGGUUUAACAUUUAUUGUUUGUGUAGGCAUUUUUAGGAUAUGUUUGUCAGAUAGUUUAAGUACUCAUACAUUCACUAGGGUAUAGGAUAAGUUCGCUUUCGUAAGGAUGGAUCGGGUGUCAGGAGAACGAACAACAGGGGGUUCAACAGAAAAUCAGCGGUAUCUAAAACAAAAAUAAACUCUCUCAUCUCUUGCUUUGUACUGAUGCGUCCAGUUACUUUUUACAGGAUAGGUUUUUUGUCAACCUAGUCAUUCUAGUACACAAUGAAUUUAAAAUGUAAAAUUAUUCCGUCACGCGAUGCUCUGUGCUGGGAAGUAAAAGCGAACUUUCUAUCUCAUAAUCGGUAUAUUGCAAAUUUUCCAUUUCUUUUUAAAACCGUUAUUGAAAUGCGCCGAAAGAUUGCAUAGAAAGUGUCAAAUAAAAUUUAAAGAUUAAGUCUUUUUUUUCGAAAGAUGGGACGGAGAUCGAUUUGUUUCUUUUUGGUUUAUCCUUUCCUUUUUUUGUGUUUACAUCGAAACAUACUCAGUGUUUAGAUUUGUUAAGAAAUAUUCGGAAAACUUCCCGUUUUAAAGGUGUCUUUUUUCACAAUAUUCAACGGCAAGCAGCAUGGUUCCACAUCUUCCCGAACGAUGGAGCCUGAUCUGCUUGCACUUUAGUUUAUAGUAUGUAAUUUGCUGUUUGUUAUCAUAAAUUCGAUUGGCAAUUCUGUGAUAGAGAAAAAUCUAAUUUCGUUAGAAAUAUUGUAAGUAAGAAACUGGAGUUGUUUUAUCAAUUUUAGUAGAGAAAUGUUAUCACAAAUUUACAUACGAACAAAUUUG